AUGAAUCGAAGCUUCUGCAAACAUGCUCGUAGCUUCUUCCUUUCUGCUCAUGCAUUAAAUUUAGCCCAGUUCUGGAGUCUUUCACUGCAACUCAACGAACCUGCUUUGAAACAGAGUAAUGGACUGCUCUGCUCCCUAGGAAUUGGCCAGGCACUAUCAAUAAUUUCUUUGUACUCCUGCUUCCCAGACCAAGAUGCUUUAUACCGAAAACGUUUGACGAGACGAGAUUCCACGGUAACAUGCCUAUUGCUGCAGGUUAUGAGGAGUGGAUUGUGGUCCGAGUUGGUAACUGGUAGCGUCUACACCUCACAGUUAUUGAAAAGGGAUAGGAAAAAAAGGAUUUAA